AUGUCUCGAUCACUUCGUGCCCUCCUGGGCCUUAGUCUUGCUGGCCUAUCGCUGGCUGCGCAACCCAAUAUUCUCGUCAUCUUCACAGACGAUCAAGAUCUACAUCUUGACUCGACUAUGUAUCAGCCCAUCCUUCAGCGAGAAUUCACCGAGAAGGGCACAUCAUUUACUAAUCAUUUUUGCACGGUUGCUCAAUGCUGCCCAAGUCGCGCCUCGCUGCUUCGCGGGCAAGCAGCACACAACACCAAUAUCACCUAUGUCCUCUCGCCGGGCGGAAACUACGACAAGUGGCUCACUGCUGCUGAAGAUGAUGAUUAUCUGCCUCAUUGGAUGGUGGACGCUGGAUACAACGCAGAGUACCUGGGCAAGUUCAUGAAUGGAUACAACAUUCACAACUACGCCACGGCGCCCAAAGGAUGGACUCACAUCGAUGCUCUGGUCGACCCAUAUACGUAUCAAUACAACAAUGUUGUCAUGUCUUCCGACGGUGGAACGCCCGUCGCGUACCACGGAUAUCACCAGACAGACAUCAUUCGAACCAAGGCCCUCGAUCGUCUCGAUUACCUCACUUCACAAGAAAAGCCGUUCUAUCUGACCAUUGCCCCGACCUCUCCACACUUUUCAGGACAUUUGGGUAUCCCUAUCCCACUGGCAAGGCACUUUGACGCUUAUCCAGACGCAAAAGUUCCAAGGAAUCCCAACUUCAACCCAGACGACGAGUACACGGUCCAGAAACCGUCGUAUCUCAAGGACUUGGAUCAGUUUGGUGCAAUCAACAUUACCGGCCUGGAUACCUGGUACAAGGCCCGCAUACAGGCUCUCCAGGGCAUUGACGAGAUCAUCAAUGAUGUGGUGGCCAAGCUUGAAGACAAGGGCGUCCUGGAUAACACCUACUUGAUUUAUACCUCGGACAAUGGUUAUCAUCUUGGGCAACACCGCAUGCCUGGCGGCAAAGCUCUGCCUUAUCGCGAGGAUACUAAUCUGCCCUUCUUCGUCCGUGGCCCUGGUGUCCCCGCCAACGUUACCUCGUCCUCCCCCAGCGUACAUCUGGAUCUCGCGCCCACGUUCCUGGACUUGGCUGGCGUAGACACAAAGGAGUGGCCGGCCAUCCUCGACGGACGCAGUCUGCUCUCAACCUGGCUCAACCCUCUGGUGGAGCGGGCCGCCUGCCGCGCCGCCGAGGACGACGACGUCCGGGAGAUCAUCAAUGUCGAGUUCUGGGGUCCGCAGCAGCCCGAAAACUUUGCGAAUAACUCUUACGCCAACAACAGCUACAAGACCUUGCGUAUCGUAAACAGUGGCGGAUCAGGUGGCAGCGCCGAUCUCUCGUCAUACCUGUACUCGCGCUGGUGCACCAACGAGACGGAGCUGUACGACACGGCCGCGGACCCGUGGGAGCUGACCAAUCUGGCGCUGAGCCCAGACGCCGAGACGUCGCGGCUCAUGGCCCGUCUCAAUGCCCUCUUGCUCGCGACCAAGUCGUGCGCCGACGUGACUUGCCGGAAUCCCUGGCGCCUGCUGCAGCCAUCGUACAGGGCACAGGUAGCGCCUCUCCAAGACCUCGAGAUCCGCUCCCUCGAAGAGGCCAUGGACGUUCAGUAUGACGAUUUCUUUGCGGGCAUUCCUCAAGUCGCUUUCCAGGAGUGCUUGGAUAUUCAGUUCCGCCCCAACGAGGGUCCCUACUGGCCUGAAAAUGCUACACUUGGCGAGGACCACCGACUGCCUACGGACAACUUUGUCAGCUCGAGCAGUGAGGCCGUCGUCGAGGUCGAGGGCAAUGCGGUGUUCCAGGGUACUUGGGCACAGAGAAACGUGACGCUCGCCGAGAUCAUGACAAGCGCAAGGAACUUGACUGCUGAAGAGCUGCAGUGA